GCAGGAGCAGACCGAGAGGAAGAGAAGGUAUUGAAACCAGCCACGAACCCCAGUUUAAAAAGUGGUUCAACAAACUAGGUCGAAAGUGGAUACUUUAACUGGCCUAACGAUGCGGAAGUAGCCAAAUGCGCGGAAGUUUGGAGGAGAAACUUCGGAAUACUUCACAGUAAGGUUUUAUUAUCAGAGAGAGAGACGAGACUGGAAGAUGGACAAAGCCAUCAAAGAGGGACAGUUGCAUGUCUUGCUCCCCAAGUUCGGCAAGAAAUACUGGAAGAAGAACUGGUUUGUUUUGUAUCCGGCCAGCCAGAAUGGAAUCUCCCGGUUGGAAUUCUAUGACAGCAAGGAUGGGGCCAACUUGUCAGAGAAGCAGGCCACCAAAAAAAUGGACAAAAAGAUUAUCCGGCUGUCUGACUGCAUACGCAUUUCUCACAUACCAAGUGAAGUGUGUCCGAAAGAGUCCAUGUCUGCUUUCACUGUUGAAACAGCAGAGAAAUUGUACACCUUUGCUGCAGAAAAACAGACAAGUGCAGAAUGGGUUGAGAAACUGUGUGAAACUGCAUUUCCAACUCCUGAUCCUUGUUGUGGUGCAAAUUCAAAACCUCUGGAAAUGGCAGAGAACAGUAUCUACUACUCUCGAUCUGAAGUGAAUGAGUUUUGGGUGAAUGUGCAGAAGACAGAAGCAGCAGAGAGGUGCAAUCUUCACGGGACAUACAUCCUUAAAGCAGACAAGGAGAAGCUCACUCUUAAAGAUACCAAAACCAAUCAAGUUCUCUUCAACUGGCCCUACAAGCUUCUGCGGCGCUAUGGCAGGGACAAGGUCAUGUUUUCGUUUGAGGCUGGGCGCAGGUGUGAUUCCGGAGCGGGGAACUUCACCUUCGAGACAAAACAUGGCAACGACAUCUUCCUGCUGGUGGAAAGCAGCAUCCUGGAGCAGAAAGCCCAGGCCGAGGGGAGCCGCCGAAGUUUUCCCCCGUUGGAGGCAGGCGACCACACCGCCCUGAGCUCAGUGGAACGGAGCCCUGAAUGUCUGUUACUUGAUGCGUCUUCAGUCCUUUCCUCCGAGGUGGUGGGCAACGGCAGCCCUGAACACAAAUCCAAUUUACCUGAGGGGCCGAAGGCGGUCCCCAAAAAGGAGCAGCGAGGCUCUGAGGAGAAGGACUUGUCCAAACUCCUCAAAAACCGGAGUCUUCCGGAGCCUCCGGGUGUGGGGCCCCCGACUCCGCCAAGAUCUCCCAAAAUGCCUGCGUCAAAUGCCGAUCCGGCCUCUAUCUACUCCGAUCCCGUGGACGCCCUGACUGUCGGCCGGUGCGGCUCAGACUGCCUGUACUCCGAGCCAGUUGACAGCGUCCCGCCGUGCAAAGCCCAAGACCCAGCAGCCCGGAAGGGCUUCAAGGACAGGAGGGCGCCCGGGCAGAGGGCGGAACCUCUAUAUGCGGACAUUUACGAUCGGGUAAAUCAAGAGUUCUCCAGGCUGGCCGUCACCGGCCUGGCGGAGGAGCACAUCUAUGACGAGCCAGAAGGCCGGGCAUUCCAGCAGGUCCCGGAGGCCAGAGCUCCCUAUCCCCUGCCCGCCUUCACUGCUAUCUAUGACCAAGCUCAGCCUGCAGACUCGGCUGCUUGGCGAAAGAAGGGCUGCGCAGCGGGGCAUCCUGGUAAAGAUGACAGCUUGGGCCCACCUCCCCCAAGGGGUGUUGAGACGCCAGCCACCAAGCCAAAAAAGCCUAAGCCCUUGCCCGCACCGAAACCCGUCAGCGGGCCGUUUGUAAAAGACAAACGGGCAGACUUCAAGGAGAUGGGGAGGGAGCUAGCUAACUCUGAGCGGCCGGCUCUUAAAACCAAUUUCAACAGCUCAAAUAACUGCAUCUACAGUAAGGUUGUGAAGCCCAAAAGGCCACAGAAAGAAGUGUCAGUGGAUGACUUUAGCAUUAACCCAGAGUCAAUCUACGAAGAUCUUGGGAACCUUUGACUGGUUUAGUCAGCUUUUCUGGAUAUUUUUGUUUUGGCUCUUAAAGCAAAAUAUGGUCCUUCCUUCACGUGUAUUUCUGUGAGUGCUGUCUCAAGCAGGGAUACAAUAUUGUUACCUCAUCUUAUGAGCAGCAAAGAUUAAACUGAUGGUUAUCAUUGGUAUUUCCUUGUGUUCAACUAAAUUGUGAAACUGAGAUUUUACACACUGAGAUACAAAAGGUUGCCACUGUAGAAAAUGUUUUCGCAGAUUCAGGUACCAGAAUUGACAAAUUUCUUCUCUCUAUUAAAUGUGAAAAGAGCUCUAAUAUGAUUGUGAUGUACCCUAGCUCAGUUCCUCUUGGGCUUGUGGUGGUACAUGUAGCAGGACAUCAACAGUCCAAUUUUCUUAGACACCCACGUGGCCCUGCUUCCUAGUUUUGGUGGACCAUGUGGAAGGAGGAUUUCUCAAUUUAUCCUGAGCAGAAACUUAAAGUCGGCGCCUGUUUACAAUGCACCACCUGCCGUGUGGUGGGACAUAAGAGGACUCUAUUGAGAGAUGGGCGAGACAGAGAAGAUCUGAUGUUUGGAAACCUCUUGCAAAAGAUGGACUGGAGGAUUGUGCCACAGAAGUAGAUAAUGUUUCCUACGCACAUGUUAGCAGAGUGCAUAAAUGGUGAUACCGAAUUGGGAACACUUUUUUUGUCACCAACUACCCAUGGUGAAAGAGACCUCACCAACAUGUACUGUGAAGUUUAUUUUUUAGAAUAAAAGCUUAACUGUUCGUGACAGACUGUUUGUUUGUUUGCCAGAUCUUUUCUUUUACAGUGGCCAUGUCAACAUUUUAUUUCCUCUUUAUUUACAAGAUUAUUUUGUUAUUCCAGAGCCAUUAUUGUUUUCUGUUAUAACAUGUGUACUGUGCUUGGAGGAUGUGUGGAUUUAUAGAAUCAAUCUGUAAAUUCUGUUUUGUGGUCCUGCUUCACUGUUCACAAAGGUAACUCAUUGAUGCAGUUAGGAGUAAAAACAAUAUGGGUGAAUGACGGUUUAGUUUAUCAGUCUCUAAAUUUAGUUUCUUGCACCAUCAACUUUUUACCAAGUUGCUGCUGCACAGGGUCUCAAUGUUGAUUUUUGUUUUCUUGUCUACACAGUCUUCCUUUUCUCUAAAAGUGCCAAGUGGUUGAAGGAUUGGCAGGCUCAUGGGCUGUACUAUGAAUGCUCCUUCUGUGGCAGUAACCAGACAUUGACCAAAAGAUGGAGCAUUACCCCUAGAGAUUGGGAAGGCUUUAUGAACUGUUGCAGUCCGUUCAGUGAAAUGAGGAUAUUACUUACUUCCACUCACCGGGUUUUUCAUCUAGUAGGAACUGCAGAGACCAGAACCACAUCCAUUUGCCAGAGCUUUCUGAAACAGUUGGAAUACAGACCUUGCUGCACUUGCUGGCUGAGGGAUUGGGAAGAGGAAGAUAAAAAUAGCAACAUGUUGCCUUUAACCAUCAUUCCUGUUUUGUGACCAAGUAAACUUGUUGGAGGUUGACAGCAGCCACCCAGUGAUCCUACUUCCGCACAGUUGUAGGCCAAGUUUUAUAAUUACAAAAUACAUAACAGCAUAGAAACAGGCCAUUCAGUUCAUCAAUCUGUACCAGUUUAUUAUGCUCCACAUAACCCCCUUUCUCCCAUCAAAUUAUCCUUUUAGUGCUUUGUACCCUACUGUUUAUUAGCUCUCUUUUUUUCUGCUUUGACUAACCCUUGGUCGCAAGUUCCACAUUCUAACCAAACUGUAGCCUAUGCCUGACAUUUUGAAUUCAUCUUUGAAUGGCUUGUGUUAGAACAUCAGAAGAGAAGUGUAGAACUGGCAAGUUUUGAAUUUCGGCCUUGAAUUUCAAAAUUUACAGAUGGAGUUACAGGAACAGUGACAUCGAGCUGGGGCUGUACGUGCACGAAUUGACGGUGGCAAGAUAAGGUGACAAAGGUUAAAAGGGCAGAGGGUAUCCUGCACUGUACACAGGUUUUUUUUCUUUCUUUCUUCAUUCAUGGGAUGAGGGUGUUGCUGGCUAGGCUGUACUUACUGCCCAUCCCUAAUUGCCCAGAGGGCAAUUAUGAGUCAACCACAUUGCUGUGGUCUGGAGUCACAUGUAGGGCAGAUCAGGUAAGGAUGACCGCUUCCUUCCCUGAGGGACAUUAGUGAACCAGAUGGGAUUUUUCCAACAAUAGAUUCACAGUCGUCUUUAGAUUCUUAAUUACAGGUAUUUUUAUUCAAUUCAAAUCCCACCAUCUGCCAUGGUGGGAUCCAACCUGGGUCCCUAGAAUGUUAUCUGGGUCUCAGUAUUAUCACUGGACUGUUAAUCCAAUUAGGCUAUUGUUUUUUUCCAAAUGAUACAAAAGCAAGGAAAUUAUGAUGUAUGUUUAGAAAAUCCUGGCUGAUCCUCAACUGGAGUAUUUGAGUAUCCUUGUUAAACAAGUUGUCCAAAAUUUACUGAAAACAGGUGGGAAUGUUAGAUCAGCCAUGAUCCUAUCAAAUGGUGCAGUAGGCUUGAUGGGCUGAGUGACCUCCUUCUGGUUCAUUUUUGGGCACUAGUUUGGGAUGAAUGUGAGGGCUGUAGAGUGGAUAUAGAAAAUAUUCAUAAGAAUGGUUUCAGGGACGAGGAAUGUCAGCUACAUGGAAAGCUUGGAGUAGGUGGGGUUGCUAUACUUGGAGAGGCCUGGUCUGCAUUUGACUGCAUACCCACAAGCAAUGCGGUUGACUUCUAACUGCCCUCUGAAAUGCCUAAGAGCCACUCCAUUUAAUAAUUAGGGAUGGGCAAUAAGAGCUGGUCUUGACAGAAACACACGUCCCAUGUACGUUUUUUUUAAAACUUCUCUUUUCUGUUAAUGCACUUUACCCAGCCUACUUAUUUGACCAAGCUUUUGGAUACCAGGCCUAACAUUUGUGGGUGUCAAAUUUUGUUUGAGCAGUCCUUUGAAGUACACUUAGGGCUUUUUACUAAAGGUAAUGGUGCUGGGAAAUAAGGUGUUUCACCUUUUUUGGUCAUCUUGGACAGCUGAUACAGUUCCAGGUGUUCUGUGAUCUUUCCAGUAUAAUUAAUGUUAUGAGUUUAUUUUGUCUGCUACUGAAACAAAGGUAAGUUCCUAAGUGCCUCUGAUGAAGGGUCUAAGCCUGAAAUGUCAGCUUUUGUGCUCCUGAGAUGCUGCUUGGCCUGCUGUGUUCAUCCAGCUUCACACUUUAUUAUCUUGGAUUCUCCAGCAUCUGCAGUUUCCAUUAUCUAAGUUCCUAAGCAUAAGACAACAAAAAUUAUUAAAGAUUUUGACUACCAUUGAAUCACUCCUGUUAACCUUUGGCACCCUGUGCUGACAUUGCUAUUUUUUUUUGGGGGGGGGGGGAUAAAAUAAACUGGAAGGCUCACAGGAAAUUUUACUUUAAAUAUAGUUCAUCAGAGAUUAGUUUGUUUCCAAAACGGUAUCCUGGAUUCAUCUAGUUAAUACCGACAUAGAUUGCACCAACAGAAAGUUGUUCAAGUUGACCUCCUUGAGCCCAUAAUCUAUGCUGACAUUCCUGCGUACUGUCAUUUUUGAGGUGAGAUGAUAAAAUCAUAAUUACAUUUUACAACUGUAUUUUAUUAUUUUUCUCCUCUUAUCAGCCCUCAAGGGCAGAAGUGAUUGAAGCCCCUGACUCAAAGCAGGUGGUGUCUGAUAUUUAUUUUCAACCAACGUAACCUAAAACAGACCAUCACCUUAUUGCUGUCUGUGGUACCUGAGCCGUUCAAAUUGGCUGCUCCAGUACCUUUUUUUAAAGUCUGUGAAGCCACUUCAAAAAAUACUUCAGCAGCUCAGAAAUGCUUUCUGGGAUACUGAUGUGUUGGAAAGUGCUGUAUAAGUGCAAGUUCAAAAAAAGGGGGACUGAAAUUCUUGUUAAAGGAAGCAAGUAUUGAAUAGUUCAUUCUCUUAGUCUAUGUUGCAGGAGCUGGUUGUUGAAUAAUAGGGUGAUGUAUUUAAAGCUUGUUAACUAAUUUGUCUAAGUUAUUUUGGUGUAUGACUUUUUGUAUAAAUGUGUAAUGGUUUCUUGUAACAAAAAUAUGUACUUCGUAAAAUGUAAGUUACUGAUUGACUAAUACUUGUUAACAAUAGUUUGUACAUCCAUACAAAACAUUGUCCAUUUUAAAAAUUGGUGACCAAC